CUCAACUACGCAGAUUUUGAAAUAACAAAUGUUGCUCCAAACUUGAUCCCCGCAUCCUUGCAAACCCGCGUCAAAAUGUUCCGGGUCUGCGCAGCAGUGGCCAUCUUCCUGGUAGGACUCAAAGCUGAAAGCACGGAGGCUGAUCCAGAGAAGGUUAUUGAUGGUUUCAGUGAUGGAGACCGGGCCAAGAUGGCUGAAUCUUCCGAGAAACACGAGUUCCAAGCAGAGGUGAAUCGUUUGAUGGACAUCAUCAUCAACUCUUUGUACACUGACAAACAAGUUUUCUUGCGAGAAUUGAUCUCCAAUGCAGCAGAUGCUUUGGAGAAGGCUCGCUUCCACAGUGUGCAAGAUGAGACCUUCCUGGGAGACACUAAGGAUUUUGAGGUCAAGAUUGAGCAUGAUGCUGAUGCGAAGACCAUUUCCAUCAUUGACACCGGCAUUGGAAUGUCCAAGGCUGACUUGAUCAAUAACCUUGGCACAGUGGCAAAGUCCGGUACCACCAACUUCUUGGAAGCAAUGGCUGAGGGUGGAGAUGCCAACUUGAUUGGUCAGUUUGGAGUCGGUUUCUACAGUGCCUUCUUGGUUGCAGACAAAGUCUCCGUGACCUCCAAAUGCAACGAUGACCCCGUCCAACAUGUUUGGGAAUCUUCGGCUGAUGCCUCCUUCACUGUUGUAGAUGACCCAAGAGGCAACACCUUGGGCCGAGGUACUCGCGUGACUCUUCAUCUCAAAGAAGAUGCCCACGACUACUUGUCGGAGGACAAACUGAAGGAGAGUGCCAAAAAGUACUCUCAGUUCAUCCAAUUUCCCAUCUACGUCAAGGUGAAAAAAGAGGUUGAUGUUGAGGCUGAAGAAGACGAUGACGAUGAUGACAAGGAGGAUGAGGAUGAAGAGCAAAAGGACCAUGUGGAGACCAAGGAUGAAGAGGAAAAAGAUGAGGAAGACAAGAAACCAAAGAAGAAAACCGUCUUCGAGUGGGAGCAGGUGAACACGCAGAAGGCCAUCUGGCUCCGAGCCAAGGAGGAUGUGACCGAGGAAGAGUACAAUGAAUUCUACAAGAGCAUCUCCAAGGACUACUUGGAUCCUUUGGCGUACACCCAUUUCAAUGCGGAGGGUGAGAUUGAAUUCAAGUCGAUUCUGUUCUUGCCCAAGAAGGCUCCAUUUGACAUGAUGGACAAUUACUGGACCAAAAAGUCCGAAGUGAAACUCUUUGUCCGCCGAGUCUUGGUUGCGGAGAAGUUCGAUGAACUCUUGCCUCGAUACUUGAACUUUGUGCGUGGUGUUGUAGACUCUGAUGAUUUGCCACUGAACGUGUCUCGUGAGCAGCUGCAGCAGAACAAGAUCAUGAAGGUGAUUUCCAAGAAACUGGUUCGAAAAGUUUUGGAGCUGAUGAAGAAGCUGGCCAAGGACGAAGAGUCCGGCGGCGAUGAUGAAGAGGAAGAAAGUGAAGAGAAGGAAGAGAAGGAGGAGAAGAAGGAGAAGAAAGACGAGGAGGGCUUGUGGACCAAAUUCUGGAAGGAAUUCAACAAGAACUUGAAGAUGGGUUGCUAUGAGGAUGACUCCAACCGCUCCAAGCUGUCCAAGCUCUUGCGAUUCUACACCACCAAGUCCGAGGGCAAGGAGGUGAGUUUGGACAAGUACUUGGACCGAAUGCAGGAGAGCCAGGAGAGUAUCUACUACAUGUCGGGUGACUCCAUCGAGACCAUGAAGAAGGCUCCUUCCCUGCAGAUCUUCUUGAAGAAGGACCUUGAGGUGCUGAUGCUGCCGGAUCAUUUGGAUGAGCCAUGCCUGCAGAAGCUUGCUGACUACGAGGGCAAGAAGUUCGUGUCUAUCCAGAAGGCAGAUGUCAAGCUGGAUGAGACCGAAGAGGAGAAGAAACGGUUCACCAAGAUCAAGGACAUGUACAAGCCUUUGACUGAUUGGUGGAAGAAGAAGUUGACUGACCUCACUGAGAGUGGUGCCAUGAAGGAGGCUGGCGUGAAGGUUGAAAAGGUGGAAGUCUCCAAGAGGCUCACAGAAUCUCCAGUUGUGGUGGUGACUUCCCAGUUCGGCUACUCUGCACAGCAGGAGAAGGUCAUGAAGUCGCAGGCUUUCCAGAACAAGGAGCAGCUGUCCAUGAUGGCUGGCCGAAAGACCCUAGAGAUUAACGCAAAUCACCCUGUGAUCAUCGAUCUGCUUGCCAAAGUGAAGGCAAGUGAGAGCGAUGAGGCAGCCAGCAAGACAGCUGAAGUGCUCUUCCAGACAGCCCUGAUUGAGUCUGGCUUUGAGAUUGCAGACCCAUCAUCUCUGGUGAGCCAUGUGUACAAGCUCAUGUCCAAGGAGCUUGGUGUGAAUCCAGAUGCUCCCCUAAAGGAGAUCGAAGUGCCUGAGGAUGAGGAGGAACCUGAGGAGGAAGACAAGGAUGAUGAGGACGAGGAUGCCAAAGAAGAGAAGGAAGAUCUCUAGAAAAAAAAAUCACAUGCUGGGUAAAACCCUAGCUGAUACCAGAGCUCAUGGUUUCAUGUGGUAGCUCGGAAGAAUUUCGACGGGCUGUCCAUCUUGCACUUGAUUAUUGCAAUCGGUCUGAGAUCAUGACGAUUUUGAUGCUGCCUAUGCGCAGUCUCUCAAAAUUUUGACAUGCCGGGUCGUAGAGGCCCUGCAAAGUUAACGAUGCACGUAGCAACAGAGACCAGGAUGUAGACAUCCCUCAGAAACUUCUGCCUUUUGGCAAAACUAUGUGUUUGCAAAAAGUGCCGAGAUUAUCCGAGAUUCACUUAUUCUCUCUUUGGCAGCCAGAUCUUUUCGUCGUAGGUUUCCCCGUUGCCAUGGGUGCCACAUUGCGGUUUCAGGGUUGUUGCUGAUCUCCACGCUGGGUACCACCGGGGCAUGGCUACCCAGACGCCAGAGCCACGAUUGAAAUAAAGAACUUG